GUCACUAAUACGGUUGACGCCCUUCGUUUGAGCAAGAAUAUUACCGGCAUUUUACACUUCUGUGGCUAAGAACUUCGCUUCAACGGCAGCAAUAUGGCAGGGAGAGAAGAGAAUGUGUUUAUGGCCAAGCUAGCGGAGCAAGCUGAGCGAUAUGAAGAAAUGGCAGAGUUUAUGAAGGAGGUUGCAAAGGCAGGGACUGAACUGGAGAGUGAGGAACGCAAUCUUCUGUCCGUUGCCUAUAAGAAUGUGAUUGGAGCUCGUCGGGCAGCAUGGCGUAUAAUAUCUUCUCUGGAGGGGAAAACAGAAGGCAAGGGGGAGACUAACAAAGAGGCAAGCAUUAAAGAAUACAAGGAGAAAAUUGAGAAGGAGCUAAAUGAGAUCUGUAAACAAAUCAUUGAGCUCCUGGAUAACACCCUUAUUCCUAACUCAUCAACUGGUGAAUCCAAGGUUUUCUUUUAUAAAAUGAAGGGUGAUUACUGUAGGUAUAAAGCUGAAAUUGCUGCUGAAGGUGAUAGAGCGAGCAUUUGUCAAGAUGCAGAGCAGGCUUACAAAGAGGCACAGAAAAAAGCCGAGGAAGAGAAGCUUUCAGCUACACACCCUAUCCUCUUGGGCUUGGCGUUAAACUUCUCUGUAUUUUAUUAUGAGAUCCAAAAUCAACCAAAUGAGGCCUGCAAGCUGGCGAAGGAAGCCUUUGACAAUGCCAUUAGUGACCUAGACCGACUGAGUGAAGACUCGUACAAGGACAGCACGUUGAUAAUGCAGCUUUUGAGGGACAACUUGACCCUGUGGGCUACUGACAAUGAAGAUAAUAAAGGAGAUACAAAAGUUGAAGAUCUAGAAGGAGACGAUAUGAAAGAGUAACUGGCAGAGGCUGACUUCAGGAGUUAUCUUAAAAAUGGCUUGCAUGCUUGUCUGGUUGAUAAACCGUUUUGAUAUGAUGUGACAGAAAAUAUGUAGCCAAGAUGUCAGCCUUCCCAAUUCUUUUGUAAUGAUAAUAAUCUUUUUUCUCUGAGCUACUUGUAAAAUUGUAGGUUGUUAUUUUUUUCACAGUUAGUCUCACACCUAAAGUAAAUAUAACUUGUGUAAGAAACUUACAUUCAAACACUUGUAGAUGGAUAGACACCCUUUAUCAGUAGGUGGACACGAAGUUGUGGUCAAGCAAGGCAAUGUAGUACUUUGUUCUGGUUCACAGAAUGUUCACCAACCUGCGGUUCAGUUGUAUGCAAUUAUUAAACUUUGCUUUACCUUGUGUCAAUAGACCAUUUUCGAGUUACCUUUCCCUCUAUCUUAAAACAAGUCCUCAUGCAAAACGUUUCAUAUGGAAAAAAGUUUGAUUUAGAGAAAAUAAACCUGUAGGGGAACGUAUUUUCAUACGAAUGGUUUGGCAUGAAGACUCGUUAUGGCAGAGGCAUAAGUCAACUCAGAAGUGGCCUGUUGUAGCAACGGUGGACAAUCUGUUCGUUUGGAAAGAUUUGUAAAUUUUUCUUUUUUUUAACUGGAAAUAGAAUUUUUGAUUUUAUUGUUUUUGCUUUGCUAA